AUGUCGCUUGGACGAUACCGGUACCGAUGGGCGAUACUCAUUGAGGUGACAAUGACAACUACUUUUAUGACAUCGACAUUGGCAUGGCACGUAGUUUUCAAUCCAUUCAUGAAAACCUUUCACGUAAAUGUCUACUUUCUUUAUUUAUUCAGUUAUUUUAUUUACAAACCAAUAUUUAAGUUUAUUAAUGAUAAAAUUAUGUACCGUUCCAUAUUCCGCACUGUAAACGCAACAUGUAUUUCAUAUAACUUGAGUGUGCGAUGUGUAAAAAAAGCUGCGGUGGUGAUUAGCGGCAGAUAUGCCACAGACCAGAUUAGUUUCCUCCAGGCCGAAAUAGACAAUACCGUUAAAGACUGGGCGUCUUUGAAGUCUGACACAUUGACAAUCCCUGGCUCAAUUAAUGAGAAGAACAUUGAUGCAAUCAUUCUUAAAGUUAUGGUUACUUCAAAGAAAUUUGAAGCGGCUACUUCGUUUGCCGAAUACCUUAAACAGCCCAAAAAGGAGUUAACUAUUGGUGUAAAAAAUGGUCUGUUAUCUCUUUACUAUGAAUUAGCUAAAAUCCGUAAUCUUACAGAAGAGGAGAAAAAAUUCAUUUUGUUAAGUUACAACAAGUUGUAUACUAAAUAUAAAGUGUUAGAUACAAUUACAUGUGAGCGUCUAUUGCAUGCUUUGUGUGCAAUUAAUGAAUAUAAGAAGGCUGACAAAGUCCUUCGCGAUAUACAUCUAAGUGGUAAACCAACACAUUCAGCAUACAGUACAUUAAUAGCUGCACUAUUUAGAAAUAACAAGAAUACUGAAGCAAUGAAGUUGAUUGAUGAAAGUGUAAAUAUGAAUAGGCCAUUAAGACAUGAUGCUUAUGAAAGUUGGAUAAACUAUGUGCUUAGAAAGUAUAAAGAUAAGAAAUCUAUAUUAAAAUGUCUAGAAGAUAUAUGUCAACAUGUUUCAAAAAAUUUGGUCACCUUGAAUACUCAAUCUGCUGAAAUAUUUUAUAGAAUGUAUUCUAGUGCUGGUUGGAAUGUGGAUUACACAAGAUUUAGGAAACAAGAUGGACAGUGCAUCAUAUGUAAAGAAAGACUCACACCUCUAAAGCUAUCUGAUGAGGAAUUUCUAAAACUGCAAAAAGUAAUCAAAGAAAAGCUGAUUGUAGGAUCUGAUUUAUUUCUGAAAACAUCCCCUGAAGAGUUACAACGGUUCACACAAUUUGUAGAGAAAACUGGACCUUAUGACAUUGUAUUAGAUGCUUUGAACAUAGCGUUUUCUGCCAGAGGUGGUUCAAGAGAUAAAUUGGUUGUAUUGCAUGCUGUUGUUGACCGUUUUCGUCAGAAGAAAUUGAAGAUAUUAGUACUGGGGCGGAAGCAUAUGAUGACCUGGCAGAGACGGAGUAUUCAGGAGUUAACCAGUAAAGCUUGCUGUUUCUUCACCGAUGACUUAACUCAAGAUGAUCCGUAUUUCAUAACAGCUGCAAUAUUGAGUGGUGCGCAUACGGACAUAGUUUCAAAGGACUUGUUGAGAGGUCACAGGUUCAAACUGCAAGAUGAUGAGCUCGGGAUUAUAUUUAGAAGAUGGCAAUGGCAACACCAGUGGAUGGUGUUUAUAAAUAAAUUUGGGAAGCUAAUAUUCCAGGAACCUCUGAAGCUGGACCCGUACCCUCAGAAGAAUGCUUCGAGCUGGCACAUACCCUAUCAGAAGGAACAAGAUGAAGACACUGCAUAUUUCAAUGAUGGUACUCCUAACUUGGACAGCUGGCUUUGUUUGAGACCUAGAAUAAAAUGUUGAUUUGAAA